UUUGGCUCGUUGGGGCUACCAACUAUCCUUAUCUCAUGAAUAGGAUAGAUUCACGAUACACCCACCCAUAAUGCACGCAUGCACAUGAAUCCGCAUGGGUGAAAGCCGGAAUACUUCAUCAGAUAUUAGUGACAAUAAUAUGUUGAUUAUUCACGUGAAUGGUAAAAAGCGCGGCUUGCUCAUAGAUUGGGAUCUGUGCAAGUAUAUCUCCGAAUUGCAAGAACGCAAACCACUUCACCAAAAUGCAUCGGGUACCUGGCCGUUCACCUGUGCCGUGCGCCUACAUUAUCCCAAGAAAUUUCUUGAGCUUGCGGACGAUAUCGAAGCAUUCGUGCAUGUGAUCACCUGGUGCGCCCUACGAUAUCACCGACAUAAUCUUCUACGAAAUCCUGGGGACUUCGCUCUGGUCGUUCACCAAAUAUUUUUCGAUUGCACCUCUUCUUCAGACGGUCUUCUAUAUGGAUGCUUUGGGAAGUGGUACAGGUUCCAGAACGUCCUAGAUAAGCUCAUGUGUCUCUGCAGAUCCCACUAUCGUGCUCUUGACCUUACAGAGCUGGAAAGGUUCCUACCGGCUGAUGUCCUCAAGAAAAUAGAGGCUCCGCAACAAACCUAUAUUAUCACAGAACCGCCAGUAGACUUGGACGCCCUUAGGUCACCAUAUGAAGAUCCUGCGGAGGACGAUGACGAUAUCACCUUCAAGAUCGCAGCACCGGAUGUCCAUGAAGAACCUGCGAUACGCACCCUGGAUGAACAUGUAUACAUCGUCUCAUAUGCUGCAGGUAGCGAGUUGAUCUCAGGCAAAGAUGUCCUGGGGGUGAAGGAGAGCACCGAGUAGGGUGCACAACACGAUCUAGAAUCUAAGUUUUAUUCUGCUUUAUAACUAAUUGGGUCAUCGCCGGUACAGCUUCACCAUAUGAACGCGCGUUCAGAUUGAGUUGUAGUCCGUGACUGGUUUUGUCAACUUGGAUGAACGAUACGUACGAAUGGACAUUACGUGGCUGUGCGACAUGAGAAGGCUCGACAUUACCCCUUAGUAUACUGCGUAUAAAAGCCUCGAAUCCUACUGGUAUAAUCCUCACACUCUAUAGCGAAAGAAGAAUUUGAGCCAAAUUGGCCUUUCAACUGUUUGCGUA